CCCGCAACCGAACCCCGUCACGGCACAAAGCUGCAGCCACGCGUCCUUCCCGACCUCUCCGCCCACCCCACGUGUUCUUCGACGUGGCUGCCGCCUCCCCGACCUGCUUCCCUAUAUCCAUCCUCGAAUGACAGCCCCGACGAUCACAAUCUCAUCUCAUCACACAUUCACACUGAUCACUUCUCAGAGCUUCCAAACAUCAAAUCGAUCGAACUACACGAAGGAGAGCGAGGUACGUAGCUAGCAUCGAAUCGACGAUGGACGCGCCAGCCAUGUUCAAGACCAAGCACGUGCCCGAGGACGCCGGCCUCCGGAACAUAGCCGCUGAGGAGGAGGGCGGACAGCAGCAGCUGCACCGGGACGAGAAGCAGCACAAGCCGGUGCUGAAGAAGGUCAAGGAGAAGGUGAAGAAGAUCAAGAACACCAUCGCCGGCCACGGCCACGGCCACGAUCACGAGCACGGACACGAGACUGACACCGGCGGCAACAACAGCAGCGAGGAGGACGAGGAGGACGUCGCGCAGAGGGAGCGCGAGCUGAAGGCCGGCGGCUACCAGGAGGACGUCGAGGACAAGCCCCUCGCCCCCAUGGAGUCUCGCAGCCCCGAGCUGCACGGCGCACCCAUGUACGAUUCGGAGAGGGUCCCCGCGGCCAUGGAUCACACGAAGAAGGGCAGCGGCGGUGCCCCCGGGGUGCGGCUGGGCGACCUCGGCGGCGACGUCGUGGAGGACCCGGCGGCGCCACGGUCCACGACGCCCGCGCCGCGAGGCGGGGAGGACAUUGGCACCACGGACGUCGUCCGGGACUUCGAGUCCAUGACGGUGUCCGACGACCAGCCGAAGCAGGUGGGCGCCGGGAAGAUGGACGUCGACAUCGACAAGGACAGAGAGGCCACUGCAAUGCCGGUGUCGGCCGGCGCCUCCGGGGAGGAGGAAUGGAAGGACGCGCCCACGGAGACCACUGAGUACACUGGGAGCUACACGGACAGGCUGAAGAACACGGCGACCGGCACCACGGAGUACGGCAAGAAGCUGGCGAGCACGGUGUACGAGAAGGUGGCCGGCGUCGGCACGGCCGUGGCCAGCAAGGCGCAGCAGGUCACCCCAGGCUUCGGCUCCGGCGCCGGGAACGCGCAGGAGAAGACCGACUCAGACGUCGACGUCAGCCACUUGCCGAGGGAGGGAACGCCGCUGGGCGCUGGCACGGAGGAGAUGAAGAGAGCGGCCACGGACGCGACGACGGGAGGAGGAGCGCCUGCGCCUGGCGCGACGUACACGGACAAGAUCAAGUCUGCGGCCGCGGGCACCACGGAGUACGGCAAGAAGCUGGCGGGCACCGUGUACGAGAAGGUGGCCGGCGUGACGCAGUCGGCCGGCACCGCCACCCCCGGCGUCGGCGCGCAGCACGAGCGCGAGCACGACCCUACGGCGGCCACGGCCACACCAGGCGCGGGCACGGAGGGGCUUAAAACCGCGGCCACGGACGCCGCGAAGACGGGAGGAGGAGGAGCGCCUGCCGCGACGUACACGGACAAGAUCAAGUCCGCGGCUGCGGGCACCACGGAGUACGGCAAGAAGCUCGCGGGCACCGUGUACGAGAAGGUGGCCGGCGCGACCCAGUCGGCCGGCACCGCCACACCCGACGUCGGCGCGCAGCGCGAGCGCGGGCACGACUCCACGACGGCGACAGCCACCCCGGGCGCCGGCCGUCCGGGGAACGGGCAGGACAAGGGCGUGUCGGGCGUGACGGCGUACAUCGCCGAGAAGCUGCGGCCGGGCGACGAGGAGCGGUCGCUGAGCGAGGCGAUCACGGGCGCCGUGCAGCAGCGCAAGGAGGGCGUCGGGAGCACGGUGGCCAGGGCGCGGGAGGUGCCCGCGCAGGCGGCGACCAGGGCGCGGGAGGCCGUCACGUCGCUCACCGGCGGCGGCGGCGGGACCCGCGUCUCCGAGACCGUGCAGCCCACCACAGAGGGGAACGUCGUUGGGGAAGGCGUCUCGGCGGCGGAGGUGCCCACGCUUCGCGGGGAGGAGAUCGGAGCCGUGAAGAACGACAACACCCACAUGAUGUGAAGCCGCCGCGAACACGAUGUGUUUUGAUUCGAUAAGCGCGCUGGAGUCAUGGGCUCAUCGCUGGAAUAAGUGACUGGGUUGGUUCUGGUCUCACCACGUCUCAGUUGUACACCACGGUGUGAUUUGGGUGCCUUGUGUUGUAUUUUGGGCUUUGUUUCCCCGGAAAGUGUUUGUGUAAAGUAUCCACGCGUUCUUUUCAUUUUUAAAAGAGGUACUCCGUACUCCAUUAUGUAUGUUCUACUACGUGUUAAUAUAUAAAUGUUUUUGUUUCUUC